CAUGCAUAUUCGGAAUUGCACCGCUCGAUCCUCGGCAAUGCGCCUCCAGCUGCUGCCCCUGGUGCAAACCUUCUUGCCGCCCGAGCGAUCCAGAAUGAGCUGGACGCUUUCAACGAUCUCUAAGCAGCAGCUUGCGACGAUCGCAAACUCAAACGUCGUGGACUUUUAUGGAAAGGAUGUCGUGUCAUUCAGUAGACGGCUCUGGCUUCUCCGUUAUUGCUUGAUGUGCAGUAACUACUCUGCACUGGUAUUUGUAUGGUCCUCGAAGGAUAAAUGUCUCUCUUUCCUCUUUCUCCCCUUCCUUUGAUGUUCUUAAUCGUGCGCCCUCUUUCAUAUCAUGACCGGUCUUACGAUCGUGAGGCGGUGGGCGGAUGCGAUCGCAAAUGUGGGCUUUGAGGUGGAGGAGUCGUGCCAGAGGUGGUGGCUGUUGUUGUUGUUUUUGUUUUAUCCAGGCCUGCGGAGCAAUUGAAGUAUGACGAGCAUCAUCAACAGCAGAAAUAUAGUAUUUGUUUGAAUUUGCUUGCGUCUACCAGAACAAGAAUGGAGGCGGUGGCUAUUUGUUGCGGGUUCGUGGAAGGACAUACUAAGUCUUCAUAUUCGUCCAAAUUUUAAAGUAGUGCGUAAGCUGUGGAAUGUAAGGGCAGUUGCGUGAUCAUUGAUAGUCACCCUGAUGGUUCUUCUGAGUUGUUGCAAAGCUACAUGUUCUACACGAUAAUCAAAAAAGUUGCUUUCAAUGCGGUAGCCUUAGCGUGAUGAUUAUUAUUUAAGCGUUGUGAUUAGUUUCUGUGUCGUGUACUAGGAGGUCGUGAUCUAAAAAAGUCUUCUCAUGGUGACAGAUAGAAGCACCGCUUAGACUUCGUUUUCUAUAGGAGACUGAUGGCGACAGGCGUUCACGCUGUCGAGUAAAAGCAAGCUCUUUCAUAUAGUUCAGGCACAGCCUACUUCUUUCAUUUUCAAAAAUAUCGUGCCGCUGAUUCAGACCAAAUAUUUACACUAUCAAGAUUCGCAAUUUUGUGCCAUUGUUCAAGUUUCUAUAGCAUCAAGUUCAAGGUGAAGCAUGGCGUGGCGAUCAGAUCGGCAAACAGGAGUCUCCGUGUGCCAUCUCCUCGUGCCAGAAUUUACGUAGACCUUACUUCUUAUUAUGGUUGUUGUGUGUUGGUGUUUGAAGUACUAUCACGCUGGAACAGGAGAGCAAGCAAUUAGUCGAAUAUCUUAUCUCUGGACAAGCGCCAGGCUUACUUUUGUGCGCUCGUAUAAAUAUCCGUGAGCGCCCAGACAGAUGCGCACGGGCUACGUAAGCACGCUUCUUCGUGGAAUAAAUACUUCAAAGAGCAGCAGGCCGCUUUUUUAUCAUUCUUGUUAUGUUAAGCAAUAGCAUUCUUCUCAUCGAUGUUGUUUAUUCAGAUGGCAUAAAGAUCCACUUUGUCGAUUUAUAUUUCCUCAAUAAUUUCGAAAAUAUUAAUCCGUCCUUUCAUCUACGAUAGCUGGACUCCUACUCCCUAGCCUCCCAGCGGGCCAUUGCUAUUAAGUCUUGACUUUAUGGCUGGUUUUGUUAGCAUCGGGUCUUACGCCACCUAGCAGUCAACUGAUGUGGUCGUGGGCGAUGCUCCUAAAAACAAGAAACAGAACAGAAGAGAAAAAUAGAGACACACAAUCAAGCAAGCACUUCUAAGGACUUGAGCUUGCGCUUGAUCUUUAGCCACUACUUGAGAAAAAGCGCUCGCCGUAAGAAAUUAACGAUACUAACGGUCAGUCUAAGCGCAGCAUGCUGCUCUUGCUGCAGAGAAAAGCAACCAAGCGGAUUUUUUGGAGAAGGCUCUCCUCUACUCGCAAAGCGGAC